AUGCACCAGCAACCCCACCACCAGCAGACGAAUUCUGUAAAGCGGAUUAUGAAAGAGUUAAAGGAUAUAAAAGAGACCGAAGCAAGUAUGACUGGUGAAGGUUCCGAACGAAUCCUUUUCAUUGCCCCAGUCGAUGACUCAGAUCUAUACAAUUGGAAAGGAAGAAUUUCACCUCCUAAAGGCAGUAACUAUCAUGGCGGGACUUUCUAUCUAGAUAUUAAGUUCCCUACUGACUAUCCUUUUAAGCCCCCUCGAAUUCGUUUUCUAACUAGAAUCUUCCAUCCUAACAUUAAUACCAAUGGAACAAUCUGUUUGGACAUUUUGAGUGAGAAAUGGUCGCCUGCUUUAACUAUUACCAAAGUAAUGAUGUCCAUUUGCAGCUGGCUAGAUGAGCCUAAUCCAGACGAUCCUCUUGUUCCGGACAUUGCUUCUUUGUGCAAGCUAGACCAGAAGAUGUACAAAGAGAAAUGCCGGGAAUGGACAGAGAGGUAUGCCAUGGAUAGAUCAGGCGAUAUAGAAGAAUGGAAGAAUUUAUAG